UCGGCGGCGCCGGAAGUGGCGUUCGCUCAGCUUCACAGCCACCUGUGGCGCGCUGAGGUGCCGGGUAACCAUGGUGUCGGAUGAAGAUGAAGUAAAUCUCUUGGUUAUCGUCAUUGAUACCAACCCAAUCUGGUGGGGGAAGCAAGCAUUGAAGCAGUCCCAGUUUACCUUGUCCAAAUGCAUAGACGCCGUGAUGGUGCUGGGAAACUCCCACCUGUUCAUGAACCGCUCCAACAAGCUUGCUGUUAUUGCGAGUCACAUUCAGGAAAGCCGGUUCCUGUAUCCCGGGAAGAAUGGUCGAGUUGGAGACUUCUUUGGAGACCCUGGCAACCCACCUGCUGAAUUUAACCCUUCUGGAAGUAAAGAUGGGAAAUACGAACUGUUAACAGCAGCAAAUGAAGUUAUUGCAGAGGAGAUUAAAGACCUAAUGACCCAAAGUGACCUGAAGGGGCAGCAUACGGAGACCCUGCUGGCAGGAUCCCUGGCCAAAGCCCUCUGCUAUAUUCACAGAAUGAACAAGGAGGUGAAAGAUAAUCAGGAGAUGAAGUCCAGGAUUCUGGUGAUUAAGGCCGCAGAAGACAGCGCGCUGCAGUACAUGAACUUCAUGAAUGUCAUCUUCGCAGCACAGAAGCAGAGCAUUCUCAUCGACGCCUGCGUUCUAGACACCGACUCAGGCCUGCUCCAACAGGCGUGUGACAUCACUGGGGGGCUGUACCUGAAAGUGCCACACAUGCCCUCGGUCCUGCAGUACCUGCUGUGGGUUUUUCUUCCGGAUCAAGACCAGAGGUCGCAGCUGAUCCUGCCACCCCCCGUCCAUGUCGACUACAGGGCUGCUUGCUUCUGUCAUCGGCACCUCAUCGAGAUUGGCUACGUCUGCUCCGUGUGCCUGUCCAUAUUCUGCAGUUUCAGCCCCAUCUGCACCACCUGCGAAACAGCCUUCAAGAUCUCUCUGCCUCCCAUGCUGAAGGCCAAGAAGAAGAAGCUCAAGGUGUCUGCGUGAUGGAGGCUUUCCCUGCGUGGCAGCAGCCGAGGGAGCUGGUGUGGCAGGGAGGGCAGCCACAGCGUUGCUCCCUGCCGGUGCCUCGGGGGAGGAGGGCAGCUACCCUGCUCUGCGUCCCCACCUCCUCUGCUCAGCACGACCUCUGCUGCGUGUGUUUAGUGAGAUGGGUGUCUCUGAGAGCCCACCUGCCCUGAGUGACCCAGCUGGUGGACGGUGUGGGAGGGCUGACCAUAGCUCUGGAACAGGCGCCACUGACAGAGACUGCCAAGCACA